UGGGAGGCACCAGAAGUGUGUAAGAGGAAGACGGCUUUAAAAGUAUGAAAGCAAGCAACUUUCUCACUGAAAACACAGACUCAGUGGUGCUUAACUGAAUCUUUUUUUCUCCAGGUAGGUGCCUCAUUUAGAGUACUUCGGCGAUAUCAUUUUCUCAUAAGUUUAGAUUUUUAUACCCCAAUGGAACUUCUGAACUGUACUUCCCCUGCCAUGAUCCUGGAGCACACUGCCUCAGUGUUGGGAUGUAGCAUCUUAGAUCAAAAGCUUGCCUUACAUCUUGACGAACAUGAUGCUUUACAACACCUGCGGGAACAUUUCCUGGUCCCGAAAGUUAAAGACCUACCUUGUAUUGACUUCUCAUGUGUAGAUGAAAAAGAGGAAUGUGUAUAUCUUGUUGGAAAUUCUCUUGGACUGCAGCCUAAAAAUGUUAAAACCUACAUUAAUGAAGAGUUAGAUAAAUGGCACAAAAUGGGUGUUCAUGGUCAUUUUGAAGGCAGUCGCCCUUGGGCUCUGGGAGACGAAUGUAUUGUGGACCUAAUGGCUAAGGUAGUGGGAGCAAAAGUGGAAGAAGUAGCAUUAAUGAAUGCGCUGACUGUGAAUUUGCAUCUUCUGUUGCUCUCCUUUUACAAACCAACUUCAAGUCGUCAUAAAAUUCUUAUCGAGGCCAAAGCAUUCCCUUCAGACCAUUAUGCUGUAGAAUCCCAAAUUCAGCUUCGAGGACAAGAUCCUCAAAAAAGCAUGCUGCUGAUGCGUCCCAGGGAGGGUGAAGAGACAUUAAGAAUGGAAGACAUCAUUUCUACGAUUGAGAAAGAAGGAGAUUCAAUCGCUGUGAUUCUGUUUAGUGGAGUGCAAUACUACACAGGACAGCUUUUUGAUAUGCCAGCAAUUACAAAGGCGGGCCAUAAAAAGGGUUGUUUUGUUGGAUUUGACUUGGCUCAUGCUGUUGGCAAUGCAGAACUGUACCUACAUGACUGGGAAGUUGACUUUGCCUGCUGGUGUACAUACAAGUAUAUGAAUUCUGGAGCAGGUUCUCUCGCUGGAGCGUUUAUUCAUGAAAAACAUGCUAACACUGUUCAGCCUGUGUUGAUUGGCUGGUGGGGUCAUGAAAUGAAAACUCGAUUUCUUAUGGAUAACAAACUUCAGUUAAGCCCUGGAAUAAAUGGAUAUCGGAUAUCAAAUCCUUCGAUUUUAUUGGUCUGUGCCCUGCAGGCUUCCUUAGAGAUCUUCAACCAAACUAGUAUGAAGGCACUAAGAAAGAAAUCUGUUCUCCUUACUGGUUAUUUGGAGUGCCUUAUUAAGCAGUGCUACACAAAGGACGAAUCAGAUCCACAGAAACCGUAUGUGAAAAUCAUUACACCUUCAAACGUGGAGGAACGUGGCUGCCAACUUUCCCUAGCCUUUUCGGUACCAAUCAAAACAGUUUAUAAAGAACUUGAGAAGAGAGGAGUAGCAUGCGACAUGCGGGAACCAAAUGUGCUACGCAUUGCACCAGUGCCACUGUACAAUUCAUUCAGUGAUGUGUACCGUUUUAUCAACAUUCUGGGGUCUGUGCUCACAGCAAGCCAGAAAGAACAAGCAUAACAAUUCAAGGAUGGACUCAUGUAUAAAACUGUAUAUUCUUAUAGUAAUGUAUCUUUGUACCAAUUUAAUAAUUAUCUAUAAUGAUGCUAAAUACAGUAAAAGGAAUAAGAUAUCAAAA